GCUCCUGGUGAUGCUGGGUGUUGCAGCGCUGUCGGCCGGCUGCGGUCUGCUGCUUGUUGAAGCGGUCCAGCGCAUGCCGGAGAACGAGGAUUUUUCCCGCCGCAUCGAGUUCAGCGACUUGAUUCGUCAUUAUUUUCCAUUUCCACUGGAUCAUGCCAUGAUGCUGAUCUACCAUGUCUAUCUCAUGCUGACGCUGAUGACUUACAUCAUCCAGUCCGGACAGGUGGUUGACUACGUCAUUCUUGAUAGCUUUGGAUGUGCCCCAG